AUGAGCACCGUGCCGCUGCGGCGUGCGCUCCUCGGUGCUCCUCGACCGCGCCUCGCCUCGCCAGCACCGCGCGCCUUCACGCCCGUCGUCGCCCAGCACCGCAGCUUCUCCCUGUGGCCGUCGUCUACGCCGCCACCCGCACCUCAAGAUACGUCGCCGCCAGCUCCCGUCAAGCCCUCGCUCAUGGACCUGUCGGCGCCGACCUCGCUCCCCGACCCGACCAUGUUCGAGCCCCUGUCGGCCGCCUUCUUGUCCCUCCCGCCCUCCCUCUCCCUCUCGUACGCCGCCUUCAUCCCCCUCUUCACCCUCUUCUACCGCUCGACCACGACCCUCCCGAUCGUCAUGUGGCAACGGCGGCGCACGCGCCGCUUUGCCGACGUCGUCAUGCCCCUCCUGCGCCGCGAGCAAGGCCGCCUCGCGCUCGAGACGCGCGACGAGUGCCGACGUGCCGGCAAGACGUACGAGGAGUACCAGGCCGUGUUCAAGAAAAAGGCCAAGAAGGCGGCGUACGCCCUCGCGCGACAGUACCGGUGCUCGCCUCGCCUCACCCUCAUCCUGCCGCCCGUCACCCACAUCCCCAUCUUCAUCUGCGCGACCCUCGUCCUGCGUGACGCGUGCGCGCGUGCCACCUCGGCGCUCGCCGUCACGCCGUCGUCGCUGUCGAGCCUGCUCGACGCGUCGCCGGCCUCGAGUCUGACGUCGACGGCGCUCGCGCACCUGCACGAGCUCGCGUCGACGCCGUUCCUGUGGUGCCCGAGCCUCGUCCUUCCCGACCCGACCAUGUCGCUCCCGCUCGCGGUCGGCCUCGCGGCCCUCCUCAACGUCGAGGUGACGGCCAAGACCCGGCGCGCCGCGACGGCCGCCGCAGAAGUCGUCGACCGCCCGAGCGACGCCGUCCUCCCCGCCGGCGCCGGCGCAGGAGGUGCUGCGGGAGAACCCGGCGCAGGUCCGCCGCCGCAGCCCGUCAGCGCGAGCGAGCGCCGACGACGCCUCGCGCAGCGUGCCCGCGCGGGCGCGUCGACGGCGAGGGUGCGCGGGCUCGCGACGGCGUCGAGCCCUGCCCCGCCGCCCGCGUCCUCGGCACUCGAGCUCCCGCGCAAGCCGUCGAACGAGCGUCGCGUGACCAACAUUCUGCGCGGCGCGAGCAUCGCCUUUAUCCCGCUCGCCGCCAUGGCUCCCUCGGCCGUGUGCGUCUACUGGGUCACGUCCAACCUGUUCACGCUCGUGCAGAACCUGGCGUUCUGGUGGAUGGACCGUGGGCGCGAGCGUGAGAGGAGGAUGCGCGACAUUAUCAGCGGGCGGGCCGUCGGCGUCUGAGUUGUAUGUAGCUCGGCCGUCGCGGGAAGCAGUGAGCGCAAA